UGGGCGCUGCCCGGGCUGUCGCGGCCGCAGGACGCGCUGCUCUGCGCCGUGCACUGGGAGCUGGUCACGCGGGGCUACCGCUGCCUGGGCGCCGGCGACCGGGCGGGUCCCGACGAGAGGAAGUCGGAGCUGCUGCCGGCGGGAUGGCAGGCGGACCCGGAGCUGUACACGCUGCGCUACCAGGCCCAGGACGACAGCCGGGAGCUGCUGCUCAAGGCCAUCAUGGUGGACACCAGCAUGAUCCUCAACGUCAUGGACCGCGGCUCGCUGCAGGUGGCGGACGUGACCUUGAACGUGGCGGACUACAUCGACCCGGCGCACCUGGACGACUUCCACAGGGUGUACAAGAACAUGGAGGAGCUGAGGACGAGGAUCGUCUCGGGCAUCAUCUCCCCGUUCAAGACUGACAAAGAGAAGGACAACAACAACAAGGAGUCCAAGCCCGAGAAGACGGUCCCAACUUCCCCCCGCGACUAUGACCCCCUGAGGAUCCCGCCCCGGCAGCCCCCGCUCAGCAGGGAGCCCCCCUGGCCAUCUCCCCUGGGCCCCUUUGCAGUGGGCGGAGAGGACCUGGACCCCUUUGGGGGCCGGCGCGGUGGGAUGAUCGCUGACCCGCGCAGGUCAGGCUAUCCGGUGCCUGGCAUCGACCCCUCGUCUGGCCUCCCGAGCCGGCUUCCUCCAGGGGCAGUUCCACCUGGUGCCAGAUUUGACCCCUUUGGCCCGCCAGGCUCCAGUGCAGCCGGGCCCAACCCGGAUCACCUCCCCCCUCCCGGAUAUGAUGACAUGUUUAUGUGAGGCGGGCCGGCCCGCGCUCCCGCCAGAGAGGAGUUACCCCUGCUUACGCGAGCGCCUUCCCCUUGCGCCCCUGUUCGGUGGACUGCAGUCCUUUCGGCGGAGGUGUCCUCCCUGCCUUCCACAUCAGCUCUGAGGGAGGUCUGCUCGCUUCCCCAGCCUUCCCCCUGUCAUCUCCCAGCUGCCAAAAUACGAUUGCAGUGUGCUCUGAGUAGACAGCCAUCUGGGGUGUUAUUUGCCGGGCAGGGCUGUCCAGGCCAGGCAUGGAAAGCUUUCGGUCCCCGGGUUCGCUUGGCACCUCUUUCUCCAAGGCAACACGGCCUGAUGCUGCCGCUUCUUGCUACAGGUAUUUGCUCCUCAGCACGAGCCAGGGGCUGAGCUGGGCUGGAGCAAAUGAGUGCGGUGGUUCCUGUUGAGAUGCUGUGAGUGGCUGCCAGGAGGGGCCUGUGCUGGGGCGCUUGUGCUUUUCUUCCCUGCCCUGUGCUAUUGAUUGAGCAGAAGGCUGUGAUGGGGCUGUGAGGCCUAUCUUCCACCUCCCACCCACGAGGAGGGUUUAAUGGGGACAUGCCAGCUGGUAUCGCUGGAUCACUUGGGUUUAAAGGGCACCACAGUAAAACCUGCUGUUAAAAGAAAGGGUCCAGAUGCAUCCGGGCCCUGGACUGGUGUGUGCAGGUUUGCUGUUCCCUAUUGAAGUGGCUUUCUCUCCUCUGGGAAGGCAGGCGAAGGCCAUGCCAACGGGAGGGGUGUGGGCUGCAAAUGGGGAAGCUGUCUGCUGGACUGAGUCUGGAGCUGGUUGCGUCGUCUCUGGGUGCUGGCAGAGUUGGGCCUUGCCCCUGGGCCGGCACUUGGUGGUACCAGCACAGAGCAAGGGGGCACGUGCAGCUUCUGGGCUUUGUGGGGGUCCAGGGCUGGGUUUGGUUUCGUUCAUUCAGGUAGCAGGAGGGCACCUAUCCUGGGCACGAUCCCUCCGACUUAAAUCUUGGGUUUGGGUGAUUCUGACCUGCCUUGAGGGACUUCAAAGGCAGAGUCUCACAGAUCCUGCUCCUUCCUAUCACCACCCAGUUUGGGAAGAUUUAAGUUGUUACUUUUGCUGGUUUUUUCUCUCUUGGUUUGAAGAUUUUGUUUGGAAAGAUCUUUGGGACUCCAAUAAAACCCAGUGCAACCCAC